AAGAAGAUAUAAACCAUAACCUUAAAUAUUUUUGAGUUGUAUGUGAAUGUGACUAUCUGGAUCUGGAUUAGAUUUUUGAACUAAUUUCAAUAAUUUCCUUAAUUUGUUUAAGGCAAACAAUACAGAAAUAUUUCCUAACUAUUUUUCUUAUAAGUUAUUUAUACUGUUUGGAGUUAGAAGUGAGUAAUGUUGUGAAGUCAGUGCAAACAUAUUGUUGGCCUUCAGUGUUUGUGCAAUCAAUCAUAACCUUUAACUUAAAUUAAAUCGUUUCAAUUUUGCUGAAAAACGAUUUAAUUUUUUUUUAUAUAAUAUAUUUAAGUAGAAUCAAUUUUAUAGAUGGCUCCAAAAAAGACAAAGGGAUCAAAGAAGGACGAUUUUGAUGACAGUGAUGUUGAAGAUUCUAAAAGCCAAAAACAAAGCAAAAAGAAGGGUCAGUCGAAAAAGGGAGAAGACAUUCAGUCUGAUGAGGAUAACAAUGUUUCUAAACCGGUGAAAAAGGACAAGAAGAAAGGAAAAUCCAAAGCCAAAGAUGAUUCUGAUGGUGAAAUUCAAGAAGUAUCAAAACCAGAGGGGCAGUCAUCUAGCAAAGCCGCUUCGAAAACAGGUCCAAAAAAGAAGGGCAAAGGUAAAAGUAAAGCUCAAGAAUGGGACAGUGAUAAUGAACCUGAAGUAAAUCUUUUAAGUAAAGGCAGUGAUUCUGAAGAUUAUAGUGCAAAUCAAGUUCUAAUGAAGCAGAAGAAAAAAGUUAAAGCAAAAAAGAAAGUUGUAGAGAGUGAAGAUUCAGGUGCUGAAAGUUUGGGAGAUAACAGUGAUUUAGAUGAUUUAUCCAAUGAUGUUGCCAGUGUUCAACUUGAAGAGAGGUCCAAAAAAGAAAUAUCAAGUAAAGAAAAUUCAGUUGCCCGAUCUAUAUCCUUGGAAAAAGAUGAAGAGGUCGUAGAGCAGAGCAAAGACAAAAAGAAUGACAAAGUUUCUCAAGACCUUAACGACGAUGAAAAUGAUGAUACUAACCUUGAUGCUGGUGAGACUGUUGCCAAUGGAGAGGUUAAUCAAGACAGUCAGAAGAAAAUGACACAUAAAGAAAAGAAGAAACUGAAGAAAGAAAUGGAAUACAAGAAGCAGGUAGAGUUUUUGACCAAGAAGGGAGGUCAAGGACACAGUGAACUUGGUGACAACUUUACAGUAUCUCAAACGCAGAAGACAGCUGGACAAUUGCAGGCGCUGGAAAAUGCUGUGGAUAUUAAGGUGGAGAACUUCAGCAUCUCAGCCAAGGGAAAUGACUUGUUCGUCAAUGCAACUCUACUUAUAGCAAACGGUCGACGAUAUGGUUUAGUCGGUCCAAACGGACAUGGUAAAACAACAUUGCUUAGGCAUAUCCAGAACCGUGCCUUCGCUAUCCCACCCAAUAUAGACAUCCUGUAUUGUGAACAAGAAGUAGUUGCAGACGACUACACUGCUGUCGAGUCCGUGCUCAGAGCCGACGUCAAGCGGACCAAGCUGUUGGAAGAGUGUAAGAAACUUGAAACUGAUCAAGAAAAAGGAAACACAUCUGAAGAAGUUCGAGAAAGAUUGACUGAGGUUUAUGAAGAGCUUAAAGCGAUUGGAGCAGAUUCUGCAGAGCCGAGAGCGCGAAGGCUACUCGCAGGUUUGGGUUUCUCGCGUGCGAUGCAGGACCGACCAACCAAAAGCUUCUCUGGUGGCUGGCGGAUGAGGGUGUCGUUGGCGAGAGCACUGUAUAUAGAGCCCACGCUGCUGCUGCUCGAUGAACCUACCAACCAUCUUGACCUUAAUGCUGUUAUCUGGUUGGACAAUUACUUACAAGGCUGGAAGAAAACGCUACUAAUAGUUUCCCACGAUCAAAGCUUUUUGGACAAUGUUUGUAAUGAAAUCAUCCACUUGGAUCAGCAGAAGCUCUAUUAUUACAAAGGGAACUACAGUAUGUUUAAGAAAAUGUUUGUGCAAAAACGAAAAGAGAUGUUGAAAGAAUUUGAGAAACAAGAAAAGCGAAUUAAGGAACUGAAGGCUCACGGACAAUCCAAGAAACAAGCUGAGAAGAAGACAAAGGAAGCACUGACCAGGAAGCAAGAGAAGAACAGGAGUAAGACUCAGAAGAAUGAGGAGGAAACUACUCUACCAGAGCUGCUCCAGAAGCCUAAGGAGUAUAUUGUCAAGUUCUCAUUCCCCGACCCUCCCCCGCUACAGCCCCCUAUAUUAGGACUCCACAAUGUUACUUUUGCAUACUCUAACCAGAAACCGCUGUUUGUAAAUUGUGAUUUUGGAAUCGACUUGUCCUCAAGAGUGGCCAUCGUUGGGCCCAACGGAGUUGGAAAAUCAACAUUUUUGAAUCUCCUCACUGGAGUCCUUCAACCGCAACAAGGGGAAGUUAGGAAAAACCACAGAUUGCGUAUCGGCAAGUUUGACCAGCACUCUGGAGAGCAUUUGACCGCUGAGGAGACGCCUUCGGAGUAUCUAAUGCGGUUGUUUGAUCUGCCGUACGAGAAGGCCCGCAAGCAGCUGGGCACGUUCGGACUAAGCAGUCACGCACACACCAUCAAGAUGAAGGACCUAUCAGGUGGACAGAAGGCUCGGGUCGCCUUGGCAGAACUGUGUCUUAAUGCCCCCGAUGUUGUUAUACUUGAUGAACCGACCAACAAUUUAGAUAUUGAAUCUAUAGAUGCGCUUGCUGAUGCUAUCAAUGACUACAAAGGAGGAGUGAUUAUCGUAUCUCACGACGAGCGACUCAUCAGAGAGACGGACUGUACGCUGUGGGUUAUCGAAGACCAGACGAUCAACGAAGUGGACGGAGACUUUGAUGACUACAGGAAGGAACUUCUCGAGUCUCUCGGAGAAGUUAUCAACAACCCGAGUAUUGCUGCCAACAAUGCCGUCCAGCAAUAGGCUACUUGUGAUAAUGGAAUCAUACUCUGGUAAGAACCCCGUAAGUUAUGUGAACUUUGUAAAGAAGAUUUAUCAAGACAACUCAAAUAUCUACACCUAUUAUCAGCUUGUAUAAUUUUGUCCUAUUUAUUCGGUAUCAUUGAAUUUGUAUUACAUCAGGUUGUUAACAAUAUUUUUGAAUACAAAAUGCUACAAAA